CCAGGGCCGAUUCUCCGUCUCCGUAGCAGCCAGCUCGGCGCGGCGACACCAUGAAGGACCGUACGGCGGAACUGCGAAGUGCUAAGGACAGCGACGAUGAUGAGGAGGUGGUGCAGGUCGACAGGGACCACUUCAUGGAUGAGUUCUUCGAACAGGUUGAGGAGAUCAGAGGCUGUAUAGAAAAGCUGUCGGAGGAUGUGGAGCAGGUCAAGAAGCAGCACAGCGCCAUCCUGGCCGCACCCAACCCUGACGAAAAGACCAAGCAGGAGUUGGAGGACCUCACAGCUGACAUCAAGAAGACAGCCAAUAAAGUUCGUUCAAAAUUAAAAGCAAUCGAGCAGAGCAUCGAGCAGGAGGAGGGUCUCAACAGAUCAUCAGCGGACCUCAGGAUCCGCAAGACACAGCACUCGACGCUGUCACGCAAGUUUGUGGAGGUGAUGACUGAGUACAACACCACGCAGUCCAAGUACCGUGACCGCUGCAAGGACCGCAUCCAGAGACAGCUGGAGAUCACUGGGAGAACCACCACCAACGAGGAGCUAGAGGACAUGUUGGAGAGUGGCAAGCUGGCCAUCUUCACCGAUGAUAUCAAAAUGGACUCUCAGAUGACCAAGCAGGCCCUGAACGAGAUCGAGACCCGACACACCGAGAUCAUCAAGCUGGAAAACAGCAUCCGUGAGCUGCAUGACAUGUUCGUCGACAUGGCCAUGCUGGUCGAGAGCCAGGGAGAGAUGAUUGACAGAAUUGAGUACAACGUGGAACACUCCGUCGACUACGUGGAGCGAGCCGUAUCCGACACCAAGAAGGCCGUCAAAUAUCAGAGCCAGGCUCGCAAGAAGAAGAUCAUGAUCAUCAUCUGCUGCGUCAUCCUGGGCGUGGUCCUGGCGUCGACCAUCGGUGGCACGCUGGGCUUCUAG